AUGGCCAGAUCAAUCCUCUAUUUGAUGCUCUUUGCAUCACUUGUCCUGGCAUCUAUUAUCAUUGAGGAUCCAAGCAAUAUAGUUCCCCCUGAAGGCUGGGCAGACGAUAACGCAUAUCAAACAGGGGCUAUUGAUCAUCGGUCACUAGAAACUACAGCAAAUGACACAAGUGUUGUGGUCAUAGCGAAUCGGUCCGACGUCACUAUCACCCACAGCACUAUCACCAAGUUCGGCUAUUCUUCUGCUCUCAAUCAAGCGAGCUUCUAUGGAGUGAAUGCAGCUGUCAACAAUGCGAAUCAUUCGACACUGCGACUCUCCAAUGUAAACGUUACUACGCAUAAUGGAGCAGCAAACGUCUACACAUACGGCACUGGAAGCGUAACCUAUGCCGACAACACAUGGCUCUAUAGUUCCGGCCCUGUCUCCCAUGGCUUUUACGCAGCAGGAAAUGGCACCAUUUAUGCCAAAGACGUCCAGGUGUAUUCCGGGGGAACUAGGUGCUCAGCUUUCAGCGGAGACUACCCAGCUGGGUAUAUACACGCCGAAAACGCAGUCGUCCAUACUGAUGGAGUUGGUUCCGCUAUCUGCUUUCUACAGGGUCUGUGCAACAUGACAAAUGUUGUCGGUUACGCUGCCAAAUCUCCUGCCAUGAUCAGUGACGGUGCAUUAUCCGAUGUUAUGGGCAUCUGGAAAAACUCUGAUCUAACAGCUGGUCUGUUAGGUGGUAUUGUCAUGAUAUCUGACUCGACUAUCAGGAAUGGCACCACUGUUGUUCUCGACAACACUCGAUUGACUGUCCUCGGUGAAGGGAAUCCAGGGCUAUGGUUUGGAAAUAUCAUCGCAACUGUCGAUCUCAUCGCAGCGAGCAUUAAUACCUCUUCGGGUAUCCUCGCUGUUUCAAACUACUCCUUUCUGACUCAGGAUUUUGACUACUAUGCCGGCUAUGAAGAAAACAACAACCUAUCCCCUGCACAGGCAACUAUCAAUGUUAAGGAUUCUACGCUAUCGGGAACACUUGUUGCAUACAACGAAUCGUCAAUCAGCUUCAAUCUUCAGAGUUUCUCGCAUUGGACUGGCAUGGCAAAGGUGGGAUUAGGAGCCGCCUACUUGUCCGUGUCAUUGGACAACACAUCGACAUGGACAUUGACGGGGGACUCAGUCCUUCAAAGCUUCGCUAACUCCAAUAGUACGCUCGCAAAUGUUUUCAGUAAUGGUUUCAAUAUCCUGUAUGACUCGGAUUCAUUGGUAAAUGCUGCUUGGAAGGGAGAGACCUACGAACUUCAAGGUGGAGGGAAACUUCGACCGUCAUGA